GAAAUGAGCAUAAAAAGAACAGAUCUUUGACGUUUGUUACUUAGUCUUGUUUUGAUACCAUUAGACGCUAAGCAGGACGUUAAGUAAAAAUGCCGAUCGAUCAAAAACGCAUUAAUGGGCCGGAGGCUUCCGUUCCAUACGAUAUUUAUAUCCACUCUGAAGAGAAAGACGAUGAAAUACAACUUGAUACUUCGAAAAGAUACGACGGUCGCUUAAAUAAUCAACUUAGAGAUAUAUUUUUAAAAAUAGGUGUAAUUAGUAAAGCUAAAGGUUCUGCUUACAUUGAAAUGGGCAAUACAAAGGUCAUUUGCUCAGUGUUUGAUCCCAGGGAAGUACCCAAUAAAACUGGCUACUGUGUGCAAGGUGAAUUGUACUGCGAAUUUAAAUUUGCUCCCUUUUCCUAUCGCAAACGAAAAAUGCAUCAACAGGAUGCUGAGGAGAAAGAAUACAGUUUAGUACUGCAAAGAGCUUUGGAACCAGCAGUGUGUUUAAGCGAGUUUCCUAACUUUCAAGUAGACAUUUAUGCAACAGUCCUAGAUAAUGGAGGAUCAGCACUUGCUGCUGCAAUAAUGGCAGCUAGUUUAGCCUUAGCAGAUGCAGGUGUGCCAAUGUACAGUUUGGUCACAGCAUCCACUAUUGGUGUAUAUGAUAAUACAUACUUGGUGGAUCCAACAGAUGAAGAAGAAAGUUUCUGUUGUUCCAAGACUGUGUUAGAUGCAAAUCCUGACCAUGGAAUCAUAGUGCAAGCAAUUCUUUCGCAGCACAAUCAGAUUUCUGAGAUGUUUGUAGUAGGAAGUUUCAAUACAGAUACCAUUAUACAUUCCAUGGAUCUUUUGAGUACAGCUCACAAGGAUAUAUGUCCUUUGCUAGAAAAAUGUCUCGUGAAGACUAUAUUUAAAACAUUUAAACCAAUUGCACAAAGGGAUAAGAAAUGAAGAAAGAUACAGUAUUUGCCAGAUAACUUUGUAUAUAAAAUUAUUAAUAAAAUAAAUUAAGAACUACCAACU